UUCAUAGAAGCUCCCGCUGUGCGUCUCGUGGAGUUGCGCUCUCGAAGAAGAAUAAGAAGCAGAGAAGAAGAACGUGCCGAAGAGCGCGCGCAUCGCUGCAUGUUCUACGUGGAUGGCUGCGUCUUCAGCUUGCAAAACGAUGUCCGUUUGCGACCGACAGCCGGGUUCCGUGAUGGGCGUGAGCGACAUCUCAGGCGUUGAGUUCGUGGGGGAGAGCGUGUUGGACUACCUUGGCAUGCAGGAGCUCUUCGCGUGCGCCGAGGUGAACCGGCUGUGGCAGUCGGUAGCACUGGCUCUUCUGAGGAAGAGACUGAUCUCCGUCUCCAUCUGCUGUUCACCGGAAUCGGAGCAGUCGAUCCCGGAGCCAGUGCCGGACAGACCUCACGCACGCGGGAAGAUCCUGCGCCCGAGAUUCGCUCGCUACCGCAACAUCCCGCGCCUGGCCGGCAUGCGUCCAUCACUUGCGUUGCUGUCCUAUCACGCCGACCUGAACGAGGACGGGAGGGUGGUGGACUGCGUACGCGAGCUGCUGCCUCCGAACUCUGUCAUCGGGUAUUUCAAACUGAAGCCCGUCCGAAUGGCCGACGACUCCGAUGACAGCCCGCACGAAGGCAUCGUCGGCGAGUUUCUAUUCCACGCCGAAGCAGCCGUGCGACCUGCGCCAACCGCUGACGACCUGCGGCAGCAGCCGCCACUGGACAGCUCUGUCCUCGGCCCAUCGUCGUCCUCUGGGCCGAGCCAGGCACAGACGCGUCGUCCCGAAGGCGAGCCACCAGCCGUUCCGGUCGCUGCGGCUGCAGCCACAACCGGUGGAUCGCUGCCGGCGCUGCCUGCCGCCCAUCCAUGCCACCGCAUUCCAUCGACGGUCCGAGGCAGCGGCGCCGUCUUCCACAGCGUGCUGCCCGGCGUGCUCGUGUUCGAAGCACUGCACGAGACCGAAGGCAGCCUGGAGGCGGACGUCGCCAGCGCCCGAUUCACGGAGGAGGCCACCGGCAGGAUAAUCCAGGACUCUCUGGGUGGCCGCACAAGGACUUCCAUCAUUGCGACCAUCUCGCCUCACAUGACCAAUCUGGAGGAGACAUUGAGCACCUUGGACUAUGCUCAUCGAGCCAAGAACAUCACCAACUGUCCAGAGGUCAAUCAAAAGAUGACAAAGCGGGCAAUGAUCAAGCUUGUAGACAUCACUUACCACUGUCGCAUAAUAUCCUCUUAG